AUGAAGACUGUCGGCGGAGAUGUUUUUCAUACAACCUGGACAGAUCGUUUCAAAGACGACAAAAUAGCAGUUUACAACAAGCCAUACAGAUUUCAACUUGGCCUCGGCGAGGUGAUCGACGGGUGGGAAAUGGGGCUGAAGAAUAUGUGCCCGGGUGAACGUAGAAGGCUUUUUAUUCCCGCUGACUUGGCUUAUGGAGAGAAAGGAGGCGGUACUCCUGAAAUGCCGGGAGGAGAUGUCAUUUACGAUGUGGAGCUGGUUCAUGCUGAACAGGGGCCAAGACAUCCAGAAGUGUUUGAUCUAAUGGACCUUGACAAAAAUGGCUACCUCACUCACAAGGAAAUAUCAAAAUUCAUCCACGAAGAGCUCAAGAAACAAGGGGAGCUGAAUCAAGUCCCUCAUCACGAAGAACUGGCUAUGGUGAAAGAUAUACUUUCGCAAGAAGACAAAGACCGAGACGGUCGAAUCUCACGAGUGGAGUUUUCCGGAGAAGCUCACCGAGAGUUUUAG